AUGGAGUGCACCGGGGCCUCUAAGUCGCUGAGGCAUGGGUCCUUUGGCUUCCCAGAAGCAGGGGCCUCUGCAAACCCUCCUCGCCUUUCCCCUGCUGCCUCCCUUCAGGACUCCUUCUCCAAAGCCCAGUUCAGCUCCUACUCAGCCCCCAGGCCCCCAGGUGUGGAGUUCUCCCCCGUCCCUGUGCCUGUGCUUGGGGUCCAGCCCCACCCUGGUGCUGGUCUCCUGCUCGAGGCCCAAGUUACUCGACGGUGCGGCAACCCUCGCAUCCCCUUGCCCGGCCCUGGCUUCUGGAAGUUGGAGGUGUGCCAGCCCCUCUGGGUGUCCCAGGGGAUCCUGGGGGCAGUGGUUCUCAGAGACAUCAUGGUGCUCAUCGCCUCCAUCGCCGUGCUGGCCGCUGGCUCCCAGGGCAACGUGUUCGCCACGUCGGCUCUCCGGAGCCUGCGCUUCCUACAGAUCCUCAGGAUGAUCCGUAUGGACCGGCGCGGCGGCACCUGGAAGCUGCUGGGCUCCGUGGUCUACGCCCACAGCAAGGAGCUGGUGACUGCCUGGUACAUCGGCUUCCUCUGCCUCAUCCUGGCCUCGUUUCUGGUGUACUUGGCAGAGAAGGGCGAGAACGAUCACUUUGAUACCUACGCUGAUGCUCUCUGGUGGGGCCUGAUCACUCUGACGACCAUUGGUUAUGGGGACAAGUACCCCCAGACCUGGAACGGGAGGCUCCUGGCUGCAACGUUCACCCUCAUUGGCGUCUCCUUCUUUGCUCUUCCUGCGGGCAUUUUGGGAUCUGGCUUUGCUCUGAAAGUUCAAGAGCAGCACCGGCAGAAGCACUUUGAGAAGAGGCGGAACCCUGCAGCGGGCCUGAUCCAGGAACGUGUUGGGCACAGAAGCCAGGUGCAGACGCCUAAGGCUGCAGUACCUGUAGUGACACCCGGGGUGGGGGUGGGGGAGGGUGUGGCCGUCGUCCUGCGUGGGCCCCGGGCACUAGACCAGGCGGUCACAGGUACCCCUGACGUGCCGCUCACGGGGCCCCUGCCGGGCAGGUGGUGGGACCGCAGCCCCGCUGCUCGGGAUUACAGGCUGGGACAGCUGCACAGCUGCGUAGCUGGUCACCUGGCUGCGAUUCCCGGCGCCCAGACGGGAACAGACCAGCGGGGGAAGCCCCAGCAGAGGCUCGGGCCCUCUAUGCUCUGGAAGUCUCCAAUGGUCUGUGUCCUUCUGGCAGCUAAGGUGCCCGGCCAGCAAGACGGUACCUGUUCCGCCGAGACUUUGGACACGCCCCGAAGAGCCCACUCGGGUCACCUGCGGUUGCCCCGCGAUUCAGCCGAGGAAAGUCCAAGCCGCCAGCCUUCCAUUCAGUUCAUGAAGAGCGUGGGCCCUGGAAGUCACCUACCCCCAGUCAGGGUGCGCUGGAGAAUUGCCCUGGGCCGAGCCAAGCACAGGAAGGAGCCUCAGCCGGAGCCCUCUCCAAGUAAAGGCAGACCGUGCAGAGAGUCCCUGUGUGGAUGCUGCCCUGGACACUCUAGUCAGAAGGUCAGUUUGAAAGACCGUGUCUUCUCCAGUCCCCGAGGCGUGGCCGCCAAGGGGAAGGGGUCCCCGCAGGCCCAGACCGUCCGCCGGUCACCCAGUGCUGACCAGAGUCUGGAGGACAGUCCCAGCAAGGUGCCGAAGAGCUGGAGCUUCGGGGACCGCAGCCGGGCACGCCAGGCCUUCCGGAUCAAGGGCGCCGCGUCCCGACAGAACUCAGAAGAAGCGAGCCUCCCCGGGGAGGACGCCGCGGAGGACAACAAGAGCUGUAACUGCGAGUUUGUGACCGAAGAUCUGACCCCAGGCCUCAAAGUCAGCAUCCGGGCCGUGUGCGUGAUGCGCUUCCUGGUGUCCAAGCGGAAGUUCAAAGAGAGCUUGCGGCCAUACGACGUGAUGGACGUGAUCGAGCAGUACUCGGCCGGCCACCUGGACAUGCUGUCCCGCAUCAAGAACCUGCAGUCCAGGAUAGAUAUGAUUGUGGGCCCCCCACCCCCUUCAACUCCCCGGCACAAGAAGUACCCCAGCAAAGGACCCGCGGCCCCUCCGAGAGAGUCACCCCAGUACUCACCUAGGCUGGCGGGUGGGGUCAGGGGCAGAGCCCCUCGUGCGUUUGCUUCUGCGCCCACGCGGGGGAGGGUGCCCGCCCGCCUCCCGGCAGCUCCAGGCCUGGUCCAGCGGCCCCUGUUUCAGGUGUUGUCCAUGGAGAAGAAGCUGGACUUUCUGGUGAACAUCUACAUGCAGCGCAUGGGCAUCCCCCCGACGGAGACGGAGGCGUACUUCGGGGCCAAGGAGCCCGAGCCGGCGCCGCCCUACCACAGCCCCGAGGACAGCCGCGAGCACGGGGACAGGAACGGCUGCAUCAUCAAGCUGAUCCGUUCCGCCAGCUCCACGGGCCAGAAGAACUUCUCGGCGCCCCCGGCCCAGUGCCCGCCCUCCACCUCGUGGCAGCAGCAGUGCCACCCGCGCCAGGGCCACGGCACCUCCCCUGUGGGCGACCACGGCUCGCUGGUGCGCAUCCCGCCUCCGCCCGCCCACGAGCGCUCGCUGUCCGCCUGCAGCGGGGGCAACAGGGCCAGCACGGAGUUCCUGCGGCACGAGGCCGCCCUGCGGGACAGCGACACGUCUAUCUCCAUCCCGUCCGUGGACCACGAGGAGCUGGAACGUUCCUUCAGCGGCUUCAGCAUCUCCCAGUCCAAGGAGAACCUGGACGGCCUCCACAGCUGCUACGCGGCCGCGGCGCCCUGCGCCACAGUCAGACCCUACAUCGCGGAGGGCGAGUCGGACACGGACUCGGACCUGUGCACCCCGUGCGGGCCCCCGCCGCGCUCCGCCACCGGGGAGGGCCCUUUCGGCGACGUGGGCUGGGCCGGGCCGCGGAAGUGA